CAGCACGCGGCUCGCACGAGUCGAGGGAGGAACGGUAGAGAAGAAGGGCGGAUGGAGGCGAGAAAGACGGCGGCACGACGAAGGAGUCGAUGCUAACCUACUAACUGACGACAGUUUCACUCGCCUUCUUAGUCCACGACCGCCACUUCCUGCCUUUCUUUUCUCACCUUGGUGCCAUAUUCCUGGCCUUCUCCUCUUACAUCGUACCGAUUGGGGAGGUUCGAUUCCUUCGUCCGAUCGCGGAGAAGGGAUGAGCUCGGGGAUGCAAACGAUGCGCGGCUUGGUGGACGAGGCCAAGAAUCGGGUCGUCUUGCUGCUCAUAUGUGUUUUUGGCCUCUCCUAUCUCAUGUCCUUAACCAGCUCUUCAGUUUGGGUUAACUUGCCAGCUGCUGCUGUUGUGAUCAUUUUUUCUCUUUAUUUAUCACAUGAACUUGAUAUCCGAAGAAAGCCUACACCGAAUAAAAUUUCAAUUGUCAGCAAAUCUCCUCAAAGCAUACCUGUCGAACUACUCAAGUUUCCAAUUGGGAAAUCAGACUGGAGAAAGAAGGUGAAUUCACCCAUAGUUGAAGUAGCAAUAGAGCAAUUCACAAGACACCUAGUUUCAGAGUGGGUGAUUGAUCUUUGGUACUCACGUAUAACACCUGACAGAGAUGGUCCAGAAGAAUUAGUUGAAAUCAUCACUAGGGUCAUUGGAGAAAUUUCUUGCCGGGCAAGAGAUGUAAAUCUUAUUGAUCUUUUGACCAGGGAUGUUGUCAAUCUACUUCGUGACCAUUUGGAGCUUUACCGUUAUAGCCAGUCUAAGAUUGGGAGGCAGGAAAAUAAGAAUAUGCCAUUUGACCAACGAGAUAUACAAAUUAAAUUAGUUCUAGCUGCUGGCAAUAAAUUACAUCCAGCAUUAUUCUCUGCAGAAGCUGAGCACAAGGUUUUGCAGAAUUUGGUUCGUGGAAUUAUGUUUGUACUUUUCAAGCCAGAAGAUUUAAAUUGCUUAUACUUUCGCCACACAGUUAGAGAGCUUCUUGCUUGUACUGUGAUUAGGCCAGUUUUGAACCUAGUUAAUCCAAGGUUCAUAAAUGAAAGGAUCGAGUCUUUGGUUUUAUCUCGUGCCAAUAAUAUUAAUAAGAAAUUUGCACCAUCAGCUGAAGAAGCACCAAUAAUCAUGCGGAGAGCACAUUCAGUACCUUCGGAUGAUCAAACUUCAUGUUCACUGGAUCACUCAAGUCCGGGUCUUGAACUUGUACAAUUAAAAAAUGACAAUCAGAAGACUGGUCCACAUGAGAGUGGCAUAAUUAAUGGAAUGCAUUACACUGGGAAGGAAAAUGAAUCUGGGUCUAAGUUUGGUUUGAUUGUCACACCAAGGAAUCAUAAUGAUCUUCCUGUUUCUUUAGACUUUGUCCUCGACAAAGCUAAGGAUUCUUGGUCAAAAGACACUUUGCUAUUGAAUUCUCAAGGUAUGGAUGAGAAGAAACCUGGUGCAUAUGCAAGUGAGUGGGCACAGAUGUUGGACAUUCUUUCAAGAAGAAAGACACAAGCUCUUGCACCAGAACAUUUGGAUGAUCUUUGGGCAAAAGGACGAAACUAUAAAAAGAAAGAAGCAAGUAAAUUAGGAAAAUCAGUGGCACAAAGUUCAUCUAUCACUCAUUCUGAGCCAAUUGAAAGCAAAAUAUACAUUCGGGACAUAUCCAAGAAAUUCCCCACUUCCUCCCAGCUGGAAAAUUUGCCUGAGACAGAUUGUAAUGACUCUAACCAUUCAGAUCCAUCAUUUGAAGAAAGAAUAGAAAAUACAAACCAUGAAGAGACUAAAUCAGAAAGUUUAAGUUCCUAUACAACUGAUGAUGAAAGCAGUAGUGUGACAGGUCUUGGUUCUCCAGGUACAAAAGUAUGGGAAAGCAAAAACAAGAAGGAUUCUGUUUCUUCAAGUAUACGGCAUCCUCUUGAAGCAACUGAAACUCAUGGAGCAAAGAGAAGUGGUAAAGUUCAUAUUCAUCAUCGUCGGACAUCAAGAACAUUGUCAGUAAGAAAAAGAUCUAGGUCAAGCAAUCAAAAGGCCCCACUGUGGCAGGAGGUUGCAAGAACAUCAUUUUUGUUGGCUGAUGGGCAUGACAUACUCAAGGACUCAAAAAAUGAUACUAGAACACUUGAAUUAACUGACAACUCAGACACAGAAGCUAGGGGUAGAAUCAAUAAUGGGGCUACAGCUUUGUCUUCUGUUUCAACUGAGUCUUCUCAUUCGUCUAUGAAGUCUCAUGAUAUCCUUGUUUUGGCCGAUACAUUUUUGAAGUUGAGAUGUGAGGUACUAGGUGCCAAUAUUGUAAAAAGUGGUUCAGGAACAUUUGCUGUCUAUUCCAUUUCGGUGACUGAUGCAAAUAACAAUAGUUGGUUCAUUAAAAGAAGGUACCGCCAUUUUGAGGAGCUACAUCGACAUCUAAAAGAGUUUCCAGAGUAUAACUUACAUUUGCCACCCAAGCAUUUUCUAUCAUCUGGGCUGGAUCUUCCUGUGGUCCAGGAAAGAUGUAAACUUCUUGACAUAUAUUUGAAGAAGUUACUUCAAAUUCCAAGCAUAUCAGAGUCUAUUGAUGUUUGGGAUUUCCUCAGUAUUGAUUCACAGACUUACAUUUUUACAGAUUCUCUCUCCGUCAUUCAAACUUUAUCAGUUAAUCUUGAUGAUAAGCCACAUGAAAAGAGUGCAAAGAGGUUUGAAUCAAUUGAAAAUAUUGGUAGUCAGUUCUCUUCUGCUGAGAAAAAUUUUGAUUCUGAGAUCAAAGACAGUUCUAAAGUAAUGACUGGUAGUUAUUCUGAAUCUGAUGGUUUAAGAAUGAGAAAAUCACAUAUGGAGCAAAUUCCUGGUCUUAAUAGCAGAGACCAGAACAAUCCAUAUCAUGACAAUUCAGAAAAUGAUUAUGAAAGCAGACUCAGAAAUAAUACUUCAUAUUCUGGUAACUCUAACCAGGUAAAAAAUGUCUCAAUAGCUGAAGUUGAAAAUUUGCAAGAGAGCUCUAAAGUUGUAGAUACUGGUGGGGCACUGAACAUUCCUACUGAAUGUGUACCGCCAAAUUUGAGUGUUCCCAUACUAAAUUUAGUAGAUGUUAUUUUCCAGCUGAAGGAUGGUGGUUGGAUAAGGCGGCAAGCAUUUUGGAUAGCUAAGCAGCUGUUACAGUUGGGAAUGGGUGAUGCUUUUGAUGACUGGCUUAUUGAGAAAAUUCAACUUCUUAGAACAGGAGUGGUAAUUGCUUCUGCAAUCAAGCGUGUUGAGCAGGUUCUAUGGCCUGAUGGGAUUUUCAUAACUAAACAUCCUAAGCGAAAAGCUACUGCACCCAUUUCAACUCCAGGCACUCAGAGCAACCUAAAGAGCAAUCCAUUGACUUAUGAACAACAAGUAGAAGCUGAUCGUCGUGCCAAAUUUGUGUAUGAACUAAUAUAUCUUUUUUCAACAGAGAAAGCGCCACCUGCUCUUGUUGGUCUUGUUGGCCGAAAGGAAUAUGAACAGUGUGCGCAGGAUAUAUUUUUCUUCCUUCAGUCUCCUUUUUGCUUGAAGCACUUUGCGUUUGAACUCCUUGAGCUGUUGCUUUUGUCGACCUUCCCUGAGCUCAGUGAGGUUGUCAGGGAAUGCCAUGAAGAAAAAGUAUCAAUUUAGACAAGGCAAUCACUAACUUUGCUCAUCUGAAAACAAUCAAUCACUCUUUUUGACUGGAUCACUUGUGCUUUUGUCGGCCGGUCGGAUUGUAAGAUGAACUUCAUGUCCUACUGUUGGUUUGUCCAGACUGUUGAAGCUUUAUAUCAUGUACAUGUGUAAAAGGUUUUGUUUUUGCAUAGAGAAGGUGGUUUCUCCAUGAUUCAGGUUGUGCAUUAUGAGUGAUUUGGUAUCUUCAAUUUGAUCCAUCAUCUGGGUAUGAUGUAUUGGCUCUUGAUUCAGAAGAAGCCAAUGGGUUUUAGUCAUGGAGAGAACUGUACAGAUUUUUCUUUCUCGUAUCUUGCUCUGUACGUGUUUUUUUCUUUUUCGUUAUAAAGUUUUUGUAAUUUUUGAAUUGGUAUAGUGAAAGUUCUAUUGCCUUCUGAAA